AUGCUUAAAUCACUUUUUUGUUGGCUUUUUUUUUUAAAUAUUUUGUUGUCACUUUUUAUUUUUUUUUACUCCCUCCAUAUUUAUUUUUUCUUUUUUGUUAUCUUUUCGUCUCCCUCUUAUAUUUUCUAUAUUUUCCUUCUUUCUUUUCCUUUUUUUUAUUUCUUCUGUUCUCUUUCUGUUUCUUCUUUUCUUUUUUCUAAUUUCUUUCAUCCGUUUCCUUGUUCUUUUUCUCUUUCUUCCUCAUUUUCUCACCGUUUUUCUUUCUUCUAUUUUCUUCUCAUUUUUCUCCGUCGCUCUCCUCUUUUUUCUGCUUCUUUUUUAUUUUGUUCUUUAUUUUAUUUCAGAGAACGUGCAUUUUCUUUCUCAUUUUCAUUGUUAUCCUUUUUGUUCUUUUUCUUCUUCUUUGUUGCUUUCUUUCUCUUCCUCUCCUUUUCUUUCUCCUUAGUCUUUCUUUCUUUUUCAUUUUUUUCCUCGCUUAUCUUAAUAUCCUUCUUAUUAAUUUAUUUUUAUAUAUUUUUCUUUUCUCUUUUCUUUUCUACACUUGACUUCACCUCUUGGAUCUAUCUAUCUAUCUAUCUAUCUAUCUAUCUAUCUAUCUAUCUAUCUAUCUAUCUAUCUAUCUAA